CGACCUACUGUGUGAUACAAAAUUUUCAUGAAUGAUGAAGUUCCACUGUGCUUGCAAAGUUUGAGUGCCAGUGAUGAAUCCUGGAGUUGUUUCUCGAUAUGUAAGAAGUAUCUAGUAAUGCCACGGAGAUGGUGGAUCAUAUGAAUGAUUUUGAUCUUUUUGGAUUCUUUUACAAUUUGGAAAGUUUUCCAUUUUGAUGAGUCACACUCAUCCUCAACACAGAUGAUUUUAUUUGCUGCUUCCCCGAGAAGCAGAACUCAGUCAUGCCCCUAUCAGGUAGCACUAUUGCAGAAAGCAUGGCCAAUACUGGGCAGCAGCCAAACUCAUCAAACGGCCUGGCCCAGCCAUUCAGUAUCGCAACCCUGGCUUCAUCCGCUUCACCCUCAACAAUACCACAAAUGCCAAGUUUGUCAACGUCGGGAAGCGAGGCAUCGACUCUUUCACUUGCAUCAGGGUCGAUCAUUCACAGACCAGACUGGGUGGAGUACUUAUCAGGGGGAGGCGCUGCAUUUGUCAACAUUGUCAUGACUUUUCCUUUGAACAAGGUGCUAUUUCGACAACAACUACAUGGGAUCCGUGCCAAAAAAGCCCUGCGCCAGAUUAACAAAGAGGGACUCCAUAAUAUCUAUCGUGGCGUGCUGCCUCCACUCUUGCAAAAGACGUGUUCUGUAUCUCUUAUGUUUGGUGCAUACGAACAGUUCAGUCGCAUCUUCAAGAGCCAGUUCCCUAACCUCAAUUCAACUGUAAUUAUUUGCCUGGCUGGUUUGCUUUCAGGUUCUUGCGAAGCCCUUCUUGCUCCGUUUGAGCGCGUUCAGACUCUUCUUCAGGAUCAUAGGAAUGAACAUAAAUUCAAGAACACACACCAUGCUCUUAGAACAGUCUACUCCCUUGGUAUAAAAGAGUGUUAUCGUGGACUUACCGCUGUCCUUUUGCGCAAUGGGCCAAGCAAUAUCGUAUUCUUCAGCCUGCGAGGAAAGCUCCGAUCAGCACUCCCAGAGCCAACGACGGACACGGGUGCAGUGGUGAACGACUUCAUCAGUGGCGCGAUCCUGGGUGCGAUGCUCAGCACCGCGUGGUUCCCGGUCAAUGUGGUAAAGACGCGGAUGCAGUCAAAAGUCGGCGGAGAGUUCCGCUCAUUCGUGUACACCUUUCGGAAGAUCUAUGUGGAGCGUGGCUGCCGCUGGAGAGCCAUGUUUUUCGGAGUCCAUCUCAAUUUCACCCGGGCUUUAAUAUCCUGGGGUAUCAUCAAUGCUUCCUAUGAAAUCAUCAAGUCAUCUUUCCAGACCUGGGGUUCAUGAUAGAUUCUUACAGGAAGCAACAAGUUCUUCCUGUCAAAUCUUAAACUGUGUCAACCUGUCAUCAUUACAGAUGAGAUUCAUGAGUUGUGAUUUUUCCCUCCUUAUCCCAUAUUGUGCAUGAAAUCAUGUUGAAAAAUGCUGAAGAUAACUUAAUCAUAUUGAUUUAAUUUACACGUUGUCUUAUCUGAAUUAUGUCGGUAUUUUCAACAUUGCAUGAAUUUUAAGAGUUCAAACUCAUUUUAACACUGCAUGGCCAUUUAAGUUGAAAAAAAGGGUGUGUCCCUAUAAACAUUAAAUUGUGUGUUCAUGAAUUUCAUGCUGUUAUUUUGUAUUUUCAUAGAUAUAAUUCGAUUAAGUUCCAAUGACAUCUCAAAUUCAGUUUCUUAGUCUCCUGUAAUUCUGUUAAUUGUUAUUUGAGAAACCUUGGAAGCGCAUAGAGUCGUAAUUCAUAAUGUAUUAUGCGCCAUUCAAGAACUGACUACUAUUAUGUUAAAAGGCUCAUGCAUUGACAAUCUUUGUAGAAUCUUCAUGUGAUUACAUACAAAAUAUCAGGCAUAACAUUGUUGUGGUAUUCAUGAACAGAAUCAAAUUUGAGAUUAUGCAUUUAAGUGAUAAUUUUUGUUGGUUAUCAAAUAGCAAUGUGUGAUUGAAUUUGAUAUUUGAUACUACAAUAGACAUUUUUGCAAGAACUGACUUGGAGAAUUCACUCGAUAAAAUCCUAAAAGAUUUUAGGAAGUUCAUUAAAUGCUCAUGAUUUUUGUUAGAUUUGUUUUGAUUUUUUGGUACAUGUGCAAUUUCAGUCAGACCCAAGGCAAAUCAUAUUCUCAUAAAGUGUUUAAGUUCUCUUGAAUAUUGUAAUUGUUUUAUUCAAUCAUCGUUUGUUUUCGAUUGUUUUUGCUUGUGAAAAAUAUUUUUUAAUUGUUUCUUGCCUUAUUUGGGUAUAUCAAGGCAUAAAAAAAACCAAACCAUAAUGACUUUACUAUCUCAAAUGAUUAUGCAUGUACAUGUACUGUACUGCCAAGCAGCUAUGUGCUUAUUAACCCCCUGUCGCGCUCCUGCCCAUCUUCAAUGAUAUUUUAUUUGGAUCCAAUAACAUUGGAAUUACCAUUCAAAGUUACAGUUACUCACGUGGAGACUGUGAUUGAUUGUGAUGUACAUCAUUCACUUUCAUUAAGGAGCAUGCCUGAUGCUUCAAAUGCUGCAUAUUCUUUCAGAAAAUAAUUUUUUUUAUCAAUUUGUUUGUGUGUUCAUUUGCAGUUUCAAUGCAAACAUAUGUACCAAUUAUGCUUGGGUAUUAUUAUUACUGUGCUUUUUAACUUGAAAGCUCAUAUGUACCAAUUUUGCUUGGGUAUUAUUAUUACUCUGAAUUUAAUGUAAAAGCUCAUCAACUUUGAAUGUUUUCUUAUCCAUGAUGAACAAAUGUUGUUUAUGUUGUUUAAAAUGCUGUCAUCAUUAGCUUGCAUUAUGGUGGUUAUUUCUUCUGAACCUAAAAUAUGUCGUACAGCUCAAACUCCAAUGGUAUAUAGUUUUGUUAGUUUCCUUCACACAAUAUUGCCACAUAUACCAACUUACCACAUGUGUAGAUAAAUAGGGAAACAGCAUUGUUUUACACUGUGAUUGCCAUAGUAAAUUGCCACAGUAAAAUAUUCUAGUGGAGAAAUAUCUUUGGCUGGGCCCCAUGACACAAAGAUUCAAGUUCAGAUGCAUCAGUCAAAAUAUUAUUGUGAUUGGUUGAAAGUAUGCAUGUAUGUUUACAUGUAACAAUAUUCCUGCGCAACAAUAAUUUGAUACAAAGCCAUUGCUGUUUUGCAAGUGAUUGCAAUUCUUUUUGUGAUGGGACCUGAAUUCAGAACCUUGCAGGUACAGAGUUUAUAUGCCAAUGGCAAAAUAUAUAUGUAUUUGACAUGCUCGACCCAUGCGAGGUAAAUAAGUACGAAUUGAGUAUGAAUCCACUGCAAAAACUCUGGUGUUGAUUUAACAACAACCCAGAAUCUAUACAUGUCCACACUAGAGAAGUAGUGAAACAACUUCAAUGUGGAAUCGAACCGAUGUUGUUUAAAUACUAGUUUGUGUUGUAUAAACACCUGUUUGGUGUUAGACCAAAAGGAAACUGGUGUUGUUUAACACUUCUCUGGUGUGGACAUAUAUAGAUUUUGUUCUUGUCAUUUGCCCCCCCCCCCAUUCUAUUAUUUUUUUCACUUUUCUUCCCUCCCAUUUCAUUAUCUCAUUCUAUUUAAAGCUCUCAUGCCUCUCCAUCUCUAUUGUGCCCUUCAUAUAUCUACCUCAAGAAGUAUCAAAAUCAAGUUAAACUGGAAAUGGCCAUUCACCUACCAGUCAAAGUAGACAAGGUCACUCCUUUCAACAAUUAUUUGUAGAGCAAUGAUAUUCCUGAGAGAUGUUUCUCAUGUAUUAAAUGCUCUCAAAAUUUAAGA